AUGGACGCCGCCACCCCAUCCAAGCGGGCCAGGACCACCGCGGCGUCGGCUUCCAUCGUCAGCACGCCGCAGAAGCCCAAGAUCGGGGCGGCCGCCUUGUUCGCCGACCAGGUCGCGACGCCGGAGAAGCCGGCCAAGAAGGCCCCGGCGGCGGCGUCGGCGGCGCAUCCGAUCUGGACGCCGGAGAAGACGGAGCAGAGCUACGAGAUGCUCUGCGAGUUCUUCAACUGCUUUGAGAGCUCCGCACGGCUCCUCCGCAUGAAGGGAUCCAAGGCGACGUUCCCCAACAUCUGUGCUAUCAUUCAGAAAUUGACUGACCGGAGGUUUACCUACGGAAAUUUGGCACAGCUCAAGUACAUAAUGCCCGAGGCGUUUGCGAUCAACAAGAUCAUUUUGCGUGACAAGAAUACCUGCUGUAUGAAGCCUGAUCUUCAGGUGAACCUGUUGGUUAGUGCGGCUAAGGGCAGUGUGAUGCAGAAGGGGGAAACCCGCUACUCGGCCUUGAGAAGGAUCUUCAGGCAGAGGGUUGUGGAUUUCUUCAAGAACCAUCCUCAGGGAGAUGAUAUUCCGGAGCAUGAGCUGCCGCAUCCCUUUACUCAAACAAAACCAAGCGUGGCUCAGAUCACCCCGAGAGCUGUUCCUAUAGCUUUAUCUACAGGGCCAUCACCAUCUAUGGCUGAACAGCAGCCUGUUGGGAUGUCGCACAUGCCGCAUUCCUUCAAGAGAAUGUUCUCGCAGAGAUCUUCAACCUGCCCUGCAACUGCCAGCGCAACCAGUUCAUUGGCAAAUGUUGAGUCUACCGCUUCAUCUCCCUUGAGUAGGAAGUCGGUGCCAGGUUCUGUCUCUGGUGGCACAGAUCACGAGUCCAAUGUUGCACUCAGGUUUGGUGCUUCAGAAGGAACUCCUGCCAAGUUCGCCUCUACUCCAGUGAGAUUGCUGGCAGCUACACCAGGCCUUCACACCCCUAAGAGGCCAAUCUCUGCUACAAUGGGUGACAGUCCACCUCUGACUGUGGCCAAGCGAUCAGCCAGGGCCAAAUUGUUCAUGACACCUACAAAGGAUGCAAGCAGUAUGCAAGAAGAGAACGAAAGCACUAGCACGUCUGUUGUUGAUGGCGAUGAUGAGUUGCUCAGUUUUCUUCCUAAGUCCCUCUUGCAAUCGGUAAAGGAGAAGGAAAAGAGGGUUUUAGAGGACAAGGUAACAGGCUCUGCCGAUCAAGUUCAAAGGCAGAAGCUUAUAUCGUCCCUGCCAAACACCUUUGACACUAUCUUCCUGAUCUAUCAGUCGAGGCAGCAUUCUGUAUUGACAAAGCAGGAACUUCUUGACAAGAUAAUUGAAAGUAACCCAAAGAUUUUGGACAAGGGUGAGAUUGAAGAGCAACUGAGAUUACUGCAAGAGUUUGUUCCAGAGUGGAUCUCUGAGAAGACUGCGCUAAGUGGAGGUAUCCUCUGCUGCGUCGAUACAUCACUAAGCCAGUCAGAGAUUCGACAACGGUUGAACGGCGUCAAGUAGGCCAAAGCACAAAACCAGUGCACCUUGUUUAGAAACUAGCAAUAUCAUAGUGUAGUUUUGUGCCUGGACGCGAGAGGAUGGCUGAAUAUACCAUGAUUGUCCAUGAGUAUAUCUUCAAUUCUGUUCAAGUUCAGACAGCUCUUGACUCUGCGGCGAUUGAUA